AUGAGCACCUUCACCGCAUCCACAGCUUCGAGCGAACUGCCGGCUUCUCCUACCUCGAAGCAAACACAUGACAGACCCCGUCACCAUGGCGGCCUCAGUAACGGCACUUCGGCCUCCUCUCCCAAGCCACAGUCGGAACUCACCGCCCUCCAGCAGCAUGUGCUCUUCUGGGACCGCGACAACGACGGCAUCAUUUACCCUUGGGACGUCUACAACGGGUUCCGUGAUCUAGGGUUUAGCGUAAUUUUCUCUAUCGGGUCGCUUCUCAUACCCUUGUUUUUCUCGUAUCCAACAGGCCUGGCAUAUAGCUGGUUUCCUGAUCCUUUGUUCAGGAUCUAUGUGGGAAGUAUUCACAAAGCAAAGCACGGCUCCGACACUGGCAUUUUCGAUGUCGACGGGCACUUCCACGCCGACAGGUUCGACGCCAUGUUUGACCGCUGGGAUACCUCACGAUGCGGCGGACUGAGUGCCGACGAGAUGUGGAGCAUGUGGAAGAAAAACCGACUUGCAGCAGAUAUGGCUGGCUGGUGUUUCGGAUUCAUGGAAAUGUGGACAACCUGGUUGUUGCUCCAGAAAAAUGGCAGAGUGUGGAAGGAGGAUCUUCGAGGUUGCUAUGAUGGAACCUUGUUCUGGAGGAUAAGCGAAUUGGCUCAGAAAAGGGAAUGGAAGCAAGGCUACGGCAUACGGGAUUUCUUGGGAGGAAUGAUGAAUUGGGGGACGUGGAGAACCUGGGAAGUCAAGAAGCAACACAAGGGCCACAGGGGGCACAACGGGGGUUCCCAGUCAGGACUACGACUGCAAUCUUGA